AAAACUGAAAUGUCAAGGUCACUGUCAGAUUUAGAUUUAUACAGAGUUCAGGUAAAAAAUGUGACUGAAAUCACCAUGUUUAUAUUGAUGGGGUUUACAGAUGAUCUUGAGGCUCAAGUUUUUCUAUUUCUACUGUUUCUAGCAAUCUAUCUUUGUACACUGAUAGGGAAUUUGGGGUUGGUUUUCCUGGUCACGGUGGAUUCCAGGCUCCACAAUCCUAUGUACUAUUUUCUCAGUGUGUUAUCACUCUUGGAUGCCUGCUGUUCUUCAGUUGUCACUCCAAAAAUGAUAGCCAAUUUCUUGGUGGAAAGUAAAACUAUUCCAUAUCUUGCGUGUGUAACACAGACAUUUCUCUUAGUUACUUUUGGGACCACGGAAUGCUUUCUCUUGGCUGCAAUGGCGUAUGAUCGCUAUGUGGCCAUCUACAGCCCCCUCCGGUAUUCAGGCAGCAUGGGACCCAGGGUCUAUGUGCCACUCACCAUUGCUUCCUGUGUUGGUGGUGUCUUGCAUGCUUCUGUACACACCGUGGCUACUUUCAGCCUCUCCUUCUGUGCCUCCAAUGAAAUCAGACAUGUCUUCUGUGACAUCCCUCCCCUCCUCGCUAUUUCUUGCUCUGACACUCACACAAACCAGCUUCUGCUCUUCUACUUCGUGGGCUCCAUUGAGAUAGUCACUAUCUUGAUUGUCCUGAUCUCCUAUGGUUUAAUUCUGUUGGCCGUUCUGAGGAUGUGUUCCGCAGAAGGGAGAAGGAAAGUCUUUUCAACAUGUGGCUCUCAUCUAACUGGAGUGUCCAUUUACCAUGGAACCAUCCUCUUCAUGUACCUGAGACCAAGUUCCAGCUAUGCUUUAGACCAUGACAUGAUUGUGUCAAUAUUUUAUAGCAUUGUGAUUCCCAUGCUAAAUCCUGUCAUCUACAGUUUAAGGAACAAAGAUGUCAAAGAGGCAAUUAAAAGAGUUUUGGGAAAAAAUUGGUUUGUUCAUAAAGUACAUUUUCACACUAAACACUGA